AUGAUAGGAGGAAUAUGUCAAUGUUUACGGCGAUUAUCUUCAUCUUCAUCUAUGGUCACCGUAACAGCAAUGAAACAAACAAUUAGUGUUAUGGAGUAUACACAGCGUCGCUCGAAUUUAGUUGCCAAAUUACGAGAAACGGUCUCAGAAAUCAAAAACAAACCCUUGGUUGUGGUGCUACGAUCCGCUAUACGUCAAUUCUAUGCUCCGGAUAUACCGUAUCCAUUUCAUCAGUGUUCGUAUUUUCGGUACUUUACUGGUUUAAAUCAACCGGAUGCUGUGCUCGUCAUAUCAGCAGGACCAGAGCAAGAACCAAAGUCAGUUUUAUAUAUUGAAGAACGUUCUGAAAAGCAAGAAUUAUGGGAAGGUCCUGGCCUAAGUGCCAACGAAAUUGCAAACAUCAGUGGUUUAGAUGAAAUCAAAGAACGAAAUAAGCUAAUUGAUGACUUACAAAUACUAAUUUUAAAUACUGCUGGUUGCGCUGUUUCGUAUGAUACUACAACAAUUCAUGCAUUAAAAGAUGGUCUUCCUGAGGUGUUGUCAGCAUGUAAUACGUUUGUGUCGGUACGUGAACAUAUUGACGCCUUGCGAUGGAUUAAAUCAUCAGCAGAGCAACAUUUGAUGCGGCAGACAUGCUGCAUUGGAGCACAGUCUAUGAAUGCAAUGAUAGCAAGAAGUCGAGGAGUUUGCAAUGAAAACGAAAUUGUCGGACGAUUGGAGUUAGAGGUUCGACGUCGUGGCGCUGCCAACCUUGCUUAUCCACCAGUAGUGGCUGCUGGCAAUCGCGCUAACAUCAUACAUUACCUGGAUGCAAAUAAGGCUAUCGAUGGUAGUGAUACAGUGCUUGUAGAUGCUGGCUGUGAUUACGAAGGAUAUUCAAGCGAUAUAACACGGGUUUUUCCAGUUUCUGGUCAUUUCAAUGUUCUACAAAGAGCUAUUUAUGAUGCAUUGAAUGAUGUGCAAUCCCGUCUUCUGGAUUAUCUUAGACAAACUGAGUUGAUACGACUAAACGAAAUAUACUUAGCAAUGAUCGAAUAUAUUGCGGAAAAUCUUGCUGAAGUAGGAAUUUUUUCGGGCAACAUGGGAAAAGAGGAAUUGCUUUAUGAAGCGAAUAGACUUUGUCCCCAUCAUGUGAGUCAUUAUCUCGGAAUGGAUGUACAUGAUACUGCCUCUGUGGCUCGCAAUAUACCCUUACAGGCGGGAGUCACGUUUACCGUAGAACCAGGUAUUUACAUUCGGCAUGACAAUGAAAAAGUAAGGAACGAGUUUCGUGGCAUCGGCAUGCGAAUCGAAGAUGAUAUUUUGCUUGGAUCGAAUGGUGUAGUGGAAGUGCUUACCAAAGAUGCUAUUAGAGAUCCAGCAGGCAUUGAACUAUUGGCGAUGGCCGGAUGUGUGAAACAAAGCAAUGACGAUCCUUUCAUGUCGCAAAUUCUACCUCGGUGA